AAAUGGAAGAAAUUCUCUUAAAUUCCACUCUCUAAUAUUCAUAUAUCUUUUGCUUUUGGGGUCAACCAAAAAGGAAGGGAGAAAAGGAAAUCACGAGUUUCUCUUUAAUUUGGCUUUCAUAUUCCAGACGACAUUGAGUUGAAGUGUCUUGAAGAGGGGAUAUGGAAGAGCAUAAGAACAUUAUCCCACAUGCCACCGAAAAUUGCAGCAUAAACCGAGCGGAAUUGUUCGAUAUUCUUCUGAAGAAAUGCCAGAAGGAAGAAAAAUGCGCCUUCCUUUGACAAGAUGGUCAAGUUUCCAGGGCUACCCAAAAGGUAGAAUUUUUUCCCCUCUUUCAACAUGUAAGAUUGUUCGAGGAUUGUUGGGAGGGAGUCCCACGUUGGCUAAUUUAGAAAAUGAUCACGGGUUUAUAAAUAUCUUGAACAAGGAUGGUCUACCAGAAACUUCAAGUACUAAAAAACUUAUUCUCAUCAAUGGUAACAUUGGACCCAAAAGAACAGCACUUGCUGUUUUGUCUCCUGACAUUUAUACACCAAUCGUGGACGUGGAACUUCUAGAUCACUGGAAUGAUGAAUACGAAGGGGUCAUCAUUAAUUCAGAGAGCCUACCUUCUUCUGCAAACGUCUUUGCAUCAGCUCUCCAGGCAUCUCUCUUCCAAUGAAAGCUCAAGGUCUGGGAAAAAGUAAAGUUUCCCUUUCUUCUUUAUACCACAGUUUUCUUGAGAUCUCUGUGCCUAGAACCUUUUUUUUCCUUCCAAAUUACAAACAGAGCAAGCUGAACUUGUUUCUGUGGCUAUUGAUGUGAGAUAAUAACUGAUAUUUUUAGUUCACACUUUCAAUCACUGCAAAAGCUGUGGCAUCAGAUUCUCGAAUUUGAACUUCCAUAGCCAUUAUUAGAUAUUUUAGAGUUGUAACUUUCAGGAGGGGUUCAACUCUCAUCAUGCUGAAGCAGGAUAUGUCAUGCUCGCUUACUGAAUUCCUACUUUGUCCUGCAUGCUUCCUUCUGGCCCCUCGCAUCAUAUUGGCGUUGUAGCAUUCCUCAUCAAUGACAACGAGGAGGUGCUUGUGGUGAAGAGAAAUGUUCUUGUAGUUGCUCGGGCGUGUGGAAAUUGCCAACUGUUUACGUUAACACUUCAUUUUUACAGUCCAUUUUUUCCAAAUCAAUACCAUUUUCUGGAGGAUUGCUUGUCCGAUGUUCUGCCUGAUCGAUUCAAUGUUCUUGGAAAUGGUUGCUUUUCAGGCCUUGACACGUGGACAGAGAUUCAAGCUUUUCAAUUGGAAUAUGUAUUCCUUUUUUGGCAGUUCCCUCCACCAACGGGAUUCUUUAACAAAGUGAGUGCGGUGGUUGGUUGGUUGGUCUUCACUUUUUGA